UGUAGAUGUUCCCUCAACCAAUUCGAGAAAGAGGACGCUGUUUGAGAGCAAAGAGCAAAGCCCAGGCGACGCAGGGUGCCCACCAGAGUUGCAGCUAGAGUUGCUUCCCACCCACAAGCGAGUUGCUUGCCGUCCGCAGGCUUUCAUAUCUUUCAUCCAUGAGAGUUGAAGGGUGGAAGACGAUGCAAUGGUGGAAGACGGUUGCACCGCCUAGCCGAGUCUUGCCGGCUGCAGGGCAGCCGAGCUGAACUAGCUGAGCACAUUUAGACACCAUGCGCUAAGUCAUCUAGACACCAUGCGCUAGAGUCUUGCUUUCUUUUUGCCCCUGGUUCUGAGGCUCAGAACAUGCGCCUUGGAAGAUUUUCUCGUUUUUUUGGCCAAAAUGGCACGCGGGACUGAGAAAGGAGAACAGGAUGGCAUGACGCGAGCCUGCGUUGACGAGUGGAGGUGUGGUGGGCGGUAGAGAUCUUCCAAAGACCACUUGACCGAGGCCAAGUGGUCAAGUGGAGGUCAUUUUACAAAUCGGUGGUCGAAUUACCAUGCCCUUUCGUGUGAGGAAAGCAUGGCAGCCGAGGUUGUCUCACUUCUUUAGAGGGGAUCGAUUCAAUUCUUUCUCAGACCAAUCCAGCUGGGCCUCCCAGAUCGAAAGCAUGGGCCUUGGGUGACAACGACCAUCCUGGGGCCAGAGAGGCGGGCCAAUCGGAAAGCCCCACGAAAAAAAGGGCCACGUCAAGAAACGCUGCCAAGCCCUUUCGUGCCUCCUUCUGCUCAAGCCCUGGUGCCACCCUGCCGGGGGUGAUGGGCAUGACACUAAUGAAGUGGUUUGCAUGGGCCUUCUUGGGCUUGGCCCAUGGCAUCGUUUUGCAGCUGUCCGAACAGAUGGCGCCAGCAAAUGGCGCUCCCUUCCUGGCGCCGGCGGAGCUGCCGCAGUUCCCCGAGCCACGGGAGGAUUUGAUGGCGGCGGAGUACACGGUGAAUCGAGGCGUGUCCAACGUGCCGAAGAUCCUGGAGCACGGACGAGCACAUGACUGCGACGAUGGAGAACAUGCCAGCAAGAACAAGUGUUUGACCCACGAAAACCGCAAAUGCAUGUGGGUCAGGCUUCACAGUCAUGAUCCACGCCCACUGGUGCAGAAGGAGACCGCCUUUUGCAUGCCUUGCCAACUGGAUGGCGUCGAUCUGCCCUGUUGGAACAGCGGCGCCUGGUUGGGUGGCAGCCAGGUCAUGGAGUGUGAGAUGUCCUGCCUUCAUCAGAAGCGGGUGAUGCAACCGCAGUACUCCUGCACCGACUUCACCGGCAUCGAUAGCCAGACGUCCUGCUUCGGCCGCGGCGAUGAAACCAGCUCCAAGUGCAUGUUCAUCACCUACCAGGAUCAGCAUGGGGCGACCAAGUCCUCCUGUGCGCCUUGCGAGCUGCAAGGGGUGGGCAACAUCGAUUGCCCGGUGAGUGGCAUGACAGGCCCCGAGGUGAACUCCACCGUAACGAUGUGUGCCAGCCAGUGCGAGGCUCCCAGGCCCGACGCCCACGUGACGCUGGCACCCUCCGUGACCAACCCAGGCCUCAGCCGCGUCUCCGCGCGCCCCGACGAGAUGGUCACCGCGCCCGUGUCGCCGCCGCUGCCGCCCGCCGAGGGCGAGACUGCCUUGGCCACGCGGGCGCAGGUGGCGAAUAGGAUGACGACCACCACGCCCUAUGGACAGGCCCCAGAGUAUUUCCCGAUGGUGGUCUAUCGAAGCCCGGAGGACGUGAAAGCCACGAAGGUCCAUGCGGCGUCCACCGAGCUGCCGUGGCCCGUGGAGCUGCCAGCCCUGAAGGAGCCAAGCACAACUGGCUGAGCGUGCAUUUGGCGGAUUCUUGAGGGUGUGGUUCAAAGCUUGCGGUCCAGAUGUGUGCUUGGGC